CAACAUUUCCAACAUACCCUUUAUCCAUUUUUAAAAAAAUGACUUUAACACUUCGUUCAUCAGUUUCUUUCAUCAUUCAAAAAGAGACCAAAUUCCUUAAAACUUUUGAUGAUGUCUCUACAACGGUCACCUAUGCAAAAAUCAAACCAUCUUUCAAUCUCCGAGUCAAAAGUUCAAUGCAAAUAGCACAUACAUUCAAAUCUGAAGUAAGCAUAAACGAGAAAUGGGAGAAGGUGCUUACACCAUCAAUUUCUCAUAGUAACCAUGAUGGUUCAAAGAAGGUACCAGUGUUUGUGAUGCUGCCACUUGACACGGUAACAAUGGGAGGAAACUUGAACAAGCCAAGAGCAAUGAGUGCAAGUUUGAUGGCACUUAAGAGUGCUGGAGUUGAAGGUGUGAUGGUUGAUGUUUGGUGGGGUUUGGUUGAAAAAGAUGGACCUUUGAAGUAUAACUGGGAAGCCUAUGCUGAACUUAUUCAGAUGGUGCAAAUGCAGGGUUUGAAGCUUCAAGUUGUUAUGUCUUUUCAUCAGUGUGGUGGAAAUGUUGGAGAUUCCUGCAGUAUUCCUCUACCACCAUGGGUGAUGGAAGAAAUCAGCAAGAACCCUGACAUAGUUUACACAGACAGAUCAGGGAGGAGAAAUCCUGAGUACAUCUCUUUGGGCUGUGAUUCAGUUCCUGUUCUAAGAGGAAGAACACCGCUCCAAGUUUACGCCGAUUUCAUGAGGAGCUUUCGCGAUAGAUUCACGGAUUACUUAGGCAGUGUCAUCUCGGAAAUACAAGUAGGAAUGGGUCCCUGUGGAGAGCUGAGAUAUCCAUCAUAUCCAGAAAGUAAUGGAACUUGGAGGUUUCCUGGAAUUGGAGAAUUCCAAUGUUAUGACAAGUAUAUGAAAGCCUCCUUGGCAGCAGCAGCCGAGGCCAUGGGAAAGAAGGAAUGGGGAAGAGGUGGGCCGCAUGACUCCGGCCAGUACAAUCAAUUUCCUGAGGAUACUGGUUUUUUCAGAAAAGAUGGAACAUGGAACUCUGAAUAUGGACGGUUCUUUCUGGAAUGGUACUCUGGUAAAUUGCUGGAACAUGGCGAGAGGAUUCUUGUAUCAGCCAAAGACAUAUUCCAAACAUCCGGUGUGAAACUAUCUGGGAAAAUUGCCGGAAUCCAUUGGCAUUAUAGAUCACGGUCGCACGCAGCUGAACUAACGGCUGGCUACUAUAAUACCCGACACAUCGAUGGAUAUCUUCCAAUAGCCAAAAUGUUUGCAAAGCAUGGGGUUGUCUUCAAUUUCACCUGCAUGGAAAUGAAAGACAGAGAACAACCUGAUCAUGCUAAUUGCUCACCAGAAGGGUUAGUUCAUCAAGUAAAAGCAGCAACAAGGACGGCUAAAAUAGAACUUGCUGGGGAAAAUGCAUUGGAGAGAUAUGAUGCAGGUGGAUAUGCUCAAGUUUUGUCGACGAGUGUGUCAGACUCCGGCACCGGAUUGGCUGCAUUUACAUACCUGAGAAUGAAUAAGAAAUUGUUUGAAGGUGAUAACUGGCGGAACCUAGUGGAUUUUGUAAGAAAUAUGUCUAAUGGUGGCCGGAGACAAAGACUUCCAGACUCCGAUUUACGCGGGAGUGAUCUUUAUGUUGGACACAUCAAGAAAACUAAGGAGCACAAGCAAGAUGCUGAAGCUGCUCUUGUGUGAACAUAUAUGUUGAGACAUCUUGGUGUAUGUUUUAGAACCAUCAUAAGAUGUUUUUUUAUAGAAAAAAGGAAGACCGUUUAGAAAGAGAGGAGAGAGAGGAGAUAGAGUUACGAUCUUUAUACAUAAAACAAUGGCCUAAGCCAUGCACAAACAUGAGAUCAUGGAGAUAUUAUUUUAUUCCAUUGUGUAUAUAACUCCAACUAUUGAGGAAAAAAACUUUAUCUGCUGACGUUUAAAAAUUCAAUAUUCUGGUAUUGGUCUCCA